AUGGCACCCCUCCCCCGCAUAGCAUGCUUCCACGGGGGCGGCUCCUCAAGCGCCAUCUUUGCCGUGCAAGCCGCGCAGCUAGAGCGCGAAAUACACCAGGAAUUCGAGCUCGUCUUCUUCGAUGGGCCGUUCCUGAGCGGUCCCGGUCCCGGGGUCCUGCCCGCUUUCGAUUCCGAGUUAUACCAACCGUAUCGCACCUGGUUUAAGCGGGACGAGAAGGUGGAGGGGUGGGCUGAUAUUGCACCGGAUGGAAGUGGGUUUGAUGGGAAGAUUGGAGGGAAAGAUGGCGUGGAGAGAGUUUGGGAGUUGAUGAAGAAGGCUGGCGGGAAGGGGAAAGGCGAGUGGGUUGCUGCUAUGGGGUUUAGUCAAGGAACGAGGGUUGUGGGGGGUUUAUUACUGGAUCAGCAAAGGAGGAGGGAGAAGGGGCUGCUAAAGGAUGAUGAUAUUGUUUUGAAGUUUGGGAUAUUGUGUAUGGGGAGUUUUGCCCCUAUGAUAUCCGCGGUUUCUCGUGAUGCCGACAAGCUCGACCUCAUCAGAAUCCCGACGCUACAUCUUCACGGGACAAAAGAUGACAAUUACGUCAAUGGAAAGAAGCAGCUGGCGACCUACUACGAUCCGCAGACGGCGAAAGGGCUAGAGAUUGAGUAUCAUCAUGCGAUGCCGUGGAAUAGGGAUGAUUUGCUGGGUUUCGCGAAGCUUAUUCGGCAGAUGUGGAAGGGUGUGCAGGAGAGUGGGAUUUGA